AUGAGAAUUGCAUUUACGACGGAAACGGGUGAAGUCCAUAAUUUGGAAAUCGAUUCACAAAUGGAAUUAGAAAACAUUAAAGCUUUAAUUGAGGCCGAGAUAGGGACAGCUCCUGCCAAUCAAAUUUUAUUUUAUCACGGGCAAGAGUUAACGGAUCCAAAGAAAACUCUAGAGCAAUAUGGCGUCGUUCAAGAUGAAAUAUUGUUACUUAAAAUACGUCCUUCCAAUAAUCAAUCGUCGUCCUCAGUUGGUACACCCGGAGAAUAUGAAUUUAUGCGUCAAACUUUAUUGAGUCGACCUGACAUGUUGCAACAACUGCGUCAAAACCAAUCAGAACUUGCUAAUGCAGUAAACGAUCCACAAAGAUUUACUGAAAUAAUUCAAGAAAUGGCACAACGUAGACAUGAAGGAGAAUUACAAAGAAUGCAGCAAAUUAAUAUGCUUAAUGAAGAUCCAUAUGAUGUUGAAAAACAAAGAAGUAUAGAAGAGGCCAUAAGGAUGCAAAAUGUUUUGGCUAAUUUUUCAGAUGCAUUAGAGCAUAAUCCGGAAUCUUUUGGCAGAGUAACGAUGUUAUAUAUUGAUGUUGAAGUUAACGGACAUCCAGUGAAAGCUUUUGUCGAUUCUGGAGCUCAAGCCACUAUAAUGAGCCCUCAAUGUGCCGAAAGUUGUGGGAUUAUGCGACUUGUAGAUAACCGAUUUGCCGGGAUUGCUAAAGGUGUGGGAACGGCGAAAAUUAUAGGUCGUGUUCACAGCGCACAGAUUCGUGUCGGAACAGACUUAUUUUUAAUUUGUUCGUUUACUAUUAUGGAAGGACGUGGAACUGAUUUAUUAUUUGGGCUGGAUAUGCUUAAACGCCAUCAGGCAUGUAUUGAUUUGCAAAAGAACGCAUUAAUUAUUAAUGGUAAAGAAAUUCGAUUUUUAGCAGAACAUGAAUUACCAGAAAGUGCAAGAAUGGAAAUGGAUGAGUCGGAAGAACAUAUCCCUCAUAAUUUAGCUAGUUCUAGUGCAUCAAAUACGGAAUCACCAUCAAUUUCUUCUAGUACUAUUGUCAAUCCACCUUCCUCAAAUUCUUCUCCCCCAGUAUCUCAACAACAAUCACAAUACCCAGAUGAACAUAUUCAAAAUUUAAUUUCAAUGGGAGGUAUUACAAGAGAUGAAGCUAUUAAAUUAUUAGAUGCAGCGGGUGGUAAUGUUGAAAUUGCUGCUAGUUUAUUAUUUGGAUAG